UUGCAUAUUGCUUCCUAUUUCAACGAUGCUUCCAUGGCCGGUUGGGCAGGCACGCUCUAUUUACUUCUCAUGACUUCCUUUCAGCCAUUAUUUGGAAGCCUGGCCGAACGUCUUGGCAGGAAAAUUGUCAUUAUGGUUGCCCUUACUACCUUUAUCCUCGGGGGAGUUUGUUGCAGUGUGUCCGUCAAUAUGUGGAUGUUUAUUGUGUCUCGCGCUUGGCAAGCGGUGGGGAGUGGGGGCAUCUUGUCGUUGACUUAUGUCAUGGUAGCCGAUCUGGUGCCACCGGAAAAACGAGGAAAAUAUCAAUUUGUUCUAAGCAUAUCAUGGGGUAGCGCGGCUAUUCUCGGUCCACUCAUGUGUGGUACCUUGGUCGAUGAUGGUAUAUGGCAAUACACAUUUUACAUCAAUGUUAUUUUAGCGAUGAUCGCUCUACUGCUGUUAGCUUUCUUUUUUCCGUGGCCGAAUCGUCCAUGUUCUGUGUGGAUACAAAUGGGAAGAAUGGAUUACACUGGCAUGCUACUCAUGCUGUCAUCGACCAUUGUACUUUUGCUAGCUUUACAGUGGGGUGGCUACGUUUAUCCAUGGGCGUCGCCUCUCAUUCUCACUAUGAUUGCUAUCGGUAUCGUUUUACUCGUUUUAUUCAUCUGCCAUGAGGUAUACCGAGCUGCAGAACCCAUGAUCUCGUUUCGGAUGUUCCAGCAACGGACGGUGAGGACCAUGUUUUUAGGCCACUUUUUAUUCGGUCUUGCCACGUAUGGCAUGCAUUUUUAUAUGCCCACGUAUUUUCAAGUCAUCAAUGGAGAUUCCGCGGCCAUUUCCGGCCUGGAAAUGCUGCCCGAUCAACUGAGUGGACCCAUUUGCUACGGCCUUGUCAGUGUGAUCAUUGCAAGAACAGGCACCAUUCGUAUCUUUGUGUGGAUUGGAUUUGGUCUGCUGACCAUCGGGGCAGCUCUGAUCACAUGCUUUGACAUUCACACUUCCUUGCUUCAGCAACUUGCCACGUUGUUACUAACCGGGAUCUCCACGGGACUGAUCGUUGAACCUUCUGUAAUCAUUACUCAACAUUUCGUCAUGGAAGAAAAUGUAGCCGUGGCCACGUCGUUGUGCAACUUUUUCCGAUCAUUGGGUGGAUCGUUUAGCAUUGCUAUUUAUUCCACCGUGUUUCUUCAUACCCUCAAUACAGGAUUAAUGUCCAGUCAAUUAUCGAGCGAUGAGGCCGAACGGGUCAAACAUGAUUUGCUACUCAUUGCAGGGCUGACGGAACCUUUGAAAUCGGAUAUUCAAUCCAUCUACGCACGAUCAGUUCGUCAGGCAUGUAUUCUUAUGAUCCCCUUUGCUCUGGUCGGCCUCUUUUCCGUAUUAUGGGCCCAACCCGUCAAUGUACGUCGUCCAAGCUCGGCUGCGUCUCCGACCCCAGAAUCCCUUGAUUGGGAGAGUCACAGUGAUCGCACACUAGUACCAGAGAAAGAAACAAACCAUGAUACCAACCUAUCGAUCAUUGAAAGUCAUUUGUUACACAUGUGAUUUCAUCCUGUGGCACUUGAUGUUGCACACCGAUGUGCAUUUUCCGUUUUGUAACGUAUGACCCUUUUUAUUUUUCAUAUUGGCAGCUGCCCUUGGCAGCUAGCUUGACCUAUUGCCACGCGACAAAACCGUUCAUCCAAUUUCAACCCACUCGUUACACAAUAGAUGAAUGCAAUAAAAAAAUGACAGAUUGAUAC